AUGAAGUUACGUAUAUGCUCAACAGGAAAAUCUUCACUGCCUCCAAUUAUCCUUGAAAGUGUUCCUGUAUCUUUCAAUUUCUCUCUUCUAAUUCGAUCAUUCAGGUCUUUCCAAACACCAAUCUUACAGGGACAACGUUUCUAUCUAGCCGAACUAAUUAAUUGUGAUUACCUGUCUGGGUCCUGGUGUCUUUCUCUAAUACUUCAGGACAAAAUGGUGUGUCCUGAAAAAAAACACGCCAGCUAUCCAGAUGAUUAUGAGUUGUUGUCGUUAAAGUGUGACGCAAUAUUUCUCGAUAUUUUACUAUAUAUUAGCCUUCUUACGCGUAUCAUGUCUUUAUCUUUCUUUCACCUAUUGUAUCCAUGUUUCCAGUGUUUAAAAUUGUCAACUUAUAUCAAGAUACCUGACCCAAACAUUCGUCGAUAUAACAAGAAACAGUUAGUACUAUUCAAAUGUCUUUAA